GUGCAAUUAAAUGAAUGAUGAUGAGCCUCCAACUUCCGUCAACAAGUUUCGAAGCGGCUUAAUGGGACCUGGCCGCUGGAAGACAAGGAUCUGAUGCAAUUGUACGAUCGGUUCGACGAAACCUUGCUUCUUGCCAAGGUGUUGGAGCAUGCUCUAUCUCGCCGGACGCGGUAGAAUGCAUGAUUUACUGCAGCCCUGCAAAGCAAAAGGACGGACUUUUGCCCUUGGGACCUACCGAGGUUCACCUAGGCUGGCCAUGAAUACUUUUGGGACGUACCUGGGCGUCCGUUGUUGGCGAUCAAACAGUGUCCGUCAGUCUCUACUGCGGCAUUCGGACAUCUUGACGCGAAGCACGCCUACGGGCUGACCCGUGAUGCUGCCUGGAAUACGAGGUCUGCCCUCGGCCAGCCAGUGUGCAUUUGACCCUCCGCUCAUCUCCAGCCCAAUCAGCGCCCAAAAGAAAGCACUGAAUAUUCUGUGAACUGACAUAUUGCAAACAUUAUCAGGGAGAUCAUCCUCUGUGCCGGCGCCCGCCAGCUUCUGAAACACGCUCAGCAGGGUGCCUUGCUGCAUCUGAGUGGAGUCCGAGGCAGCCACCAUACUGAACUGUGAUAAUGGCAGAAUACCGGGAGUUCGCCUCAGAUGAACGACCGUUGAAUGUGGCUCAUCCCACGAGUGGGACCCAACAUUCAUCUGCAGAUUACUUUUCAUGUCCAAUCUGCGACUGUACCUCAUGCUACAAGCGUUGCCAACAUCCAUCCAUCCAGGCCCUCCGCCUCCAAAAUGCAAUCCCUGGCUGCGCGGUGCACGAGAUUGAUUCGUCUUUGAUUCCUGUCCGUCGCCUUCGAUGGAGACCACCAGGCAGAUCCUCAGCAGGCUAUGAUGCUACAGUGCCAUGAUUUCAGGGCUUUCAGGCGAACCAUCUGAGUCCGGAUUACGCUCAGUAUCCCUCCUCUUGUGCUGUGGGCAUCAUAUAAACACUCUGCCGGGCUGGGACUACCCACUCAUCCCUUUCUUUACUCUCUCACAACUAAACCACCUUGAUCUCCUUCGAUCAGCUGUACAGCUUGUUCGUCUAUCUCCUUCACCCAUAUAUUGCUGUCACAAGAUGCCGGAAAAGAAAAAGAAAAUGGGCCCCAUGAACGGCUGGAAAUGCUGCCAGUGCCACACCGUCAACCCUAAACUACAUGACUACUGCCCAAACGUCAACUGCUACCACAGAAAGUGUGACGGAUGUGCCGAGAUCCAUAUAAGGCAAAGCAGCAAGUCACGAAACCAAGACCGUCAAUUGCGUCGCGACUGAUUCGACGCACAGUUAUUGGAAGUCACACCUCCACAUCAAAUGCUAGAGGUCAUCAGAACUGGGAGGCUCCCCUGUCGACUUCGGAAUGCGGAUACCUAGGCGAACCCUCUACAUGGAAUAUAGCCGCUGUUGUGGAGAUAUGGUUGGCGGGAUGGGUGAACGGAAGUCACAUGGUGGUGCUGACUGCGGACCUGACAUUGAUCAACGAAAUGACGUGUGAGGCGGACCUUGGUGGUUGAGUACGACUUCGAGUGACCUUCAUGUUGUGCUGCAGUGAUGGCUCGCUUGCCCUUGACUUCCGUCCUGCGCAGUGUCCCUGCUAGUGCGUCGAAACAUCUGUACCUUCCUUGCUACUAGUACUAGUGCUUCGCUACCUGGGUACUAGUAGUACAGUACAUACCUAGGUACCUACUAGGUUGGUCCUAGUCCUGUAUAGGUGUCUAUCUACGUACUUAGAGAUACUAGUAGUACUACUAGUACUAGUAGUUCAAUGCUACCGGUCGCGGCCUAGUCCUGUUGUGCAGUAGCCGCUGCUGCUCCCACGUGGCAGGACCAGCAGUCUAACC